AACAAACCUAAAAAAAAAAAAAAAUCACUUUCAUACGAUUAUUAUUUGGUCCCCUGCCAAUCCACCAUGUAAAUUCUGCUGCAAUUAUAAUUGGGGGUAAGCAAUUGAAGAUUGAUUGAAAAGAAAGUAAUGAACUAUGCAUGGCAGAUGGCCCACAGCCAUAUGCACCCCAUCCACCACCUUGCGUUUCAACCUUAUUAAGUUCUAAGUUUUAAACACAGUGAUCUGAACUUCAGAUGGCGUCUGCUUAGUCCCAAACUGACGCUGUUCAUUUCAGAGUAAACUACUUCUGAAAGUGAACCUCUUUCUUUCUCGAUCUUUCCGCGCAAAUUUAACCACCCUUUUAGUAAACGUCUUGUUUUGAUCUCUUACUGAAAAAUAGCUGAAAGCCCCUUUUUGUUGAAACCCCCAUUGUUUUGGUCUUCUUGUGAUGCUGAUCACUUGAAGUGGGUCCCUUUGCUUUCCCCAAUAUUUGAGCUUCAGCUUCGAGGAGAACUGAAAGAGGUAGAUUCUGAUGGGGGCACGAAAUCCUAUAAAUAUGAGUGGUUAUAUUGUUGGUGCGCUUGUCCCUAUACUUUUUACUCUUCUCCUUCGCAAUUCCAACAAGGUGAAGAAGCGAGGGGUGCCUGUUGAUGUUGGCGGGGAGCCUGGGUAUGCAAUCAGAAACAGUCGGUUUCCAUCCCUUGUUGAAACAGCAUGGGAAGGUAUAUCUACUCUCGCAGAACUUUUUGAGCAGGCAUGCAAGCAACAUUACGAUAAACGCUUGCUUGGAACUAGGAAAUUGAUUUCAAGGGAGGUUGAAGUAACUGAAGAUGGAAGAUCCUUUGAAAAGCUUCAUUUGGGAGAAUAUGAAUGGUUGACAUAUGGAAAAGCCUUUGAAGCUGUGUGCAAUUUUGCUUCUGGAUUAGUUCAUCUUGGUCAUAAAAAAGAAGAACGUGUGGCAAUCUUUGCUGAUACAAGAGAAGAAUGGUUCAUUGCACUGCAGGCUUGCUUUAGGCGCAAUGUUACUGUGGUAACAAUAUAUGCAUCUUUAGGGGAGGAGGCUUUAUGUUACUCAUUAAAUGAGACUGAAGUUACAACAGUGAUUUGUGGGAACAAAGAACUAAAAAAACUUGUCAACAUUAGUGGGCGACUUGACACUGUCAAACGUGUGAUCUGUAUGGAUGAUGAAAUUCCAACUAGUGCCAGUGAUAGAUGGACAAUCACUUCUUUUGUUAAUGUUGAGACAGUCGGCCAUGAAAAUCCUGUUGAUGCUGAUUUACCUCUUUCAGCUGAUGUUGCAGUUAUAAUGUAUACUAGUGGAAGUACUGGAUUGCCUAAGGGUGUGAUGAUGACACAUGGCAAUGUACUGGCUACUGUUUCUGCAAUCAUGACAAUUGUUCCUGGACUUGGAAGCAAGGAUGUUUAUCUUGCAUAUCUACCCCUUGCUCAUAUUCUUGAAUUAGCGGCUGAGAAUUUAAUUCCUGCUGUUGGAGGUGUCAUAGGAUAUGGAACCCCUUUGACUCUCACCGAUUCAUCUAGCAAGAUAAAAGUGGGAACAAAGGGGGAUGCCACUGCGUUGAGUCCAACCGUAAUGGCAGCUGUCCCAGCAAUUCUUGAUCGUGUUCGAGAUGGAGUACGAAAGAAGGUAGAUGCAAAGGGUGGACUAUCCAAGAAAUUGUUUGACUUGGCUUAUUCCCGUAGAUUAUCUGCAAUAAAUGGUAGUUGGUUUGGUGCCUGGGGUCUGGAAAAGUUUCUAUGGGGCUUUCUUGUCUUUAAAAAGGUCCGAGCAAUUCUAGGUGGUCGCAUUCGAUUUUUGCUGUCUGGUGGUGCUCCUUUAUCGGCAGAUACCCAGAGAUUUAUAAACAUCUGCCUUGGUGCUCCAAUUGGUCAAGCGUAUGGUCUAACUGAGACUUGUGCUGGUGCCACCUUCUCUGAGGUUGAUGAUACAUCUGUUGGUCGUGUUGGUUCCCCACUUCCUUGCUCCUUUGUUAAGUUAAUAGAUUGGCCUGAAGGUGGAUAUUUAACUAGUGAUUCACCAAUGCCUCGUGGAGAAAUAGUGAUUGGUGGUCCGAGUGUAACACUUGGAUACUUCAAAAAUGAAGGAAAAACAAAAGAAGUGUACAAGGUUGAUGAGAGAGGAAUGAGGUGGUUCUAUACAGGUGACAUAGGACAGUUUCACGCUGAUGGUUGCCUUGAGAUAAUUGACCGUAAAAAGGACAUAGUCAAACUUCAGCAUGGGGAGUACGUCUCUUUAGGAAAGGUUGAGGCUGCUCUCAGCAUCAGUCCCUAUGUUGACAAUAUUAUGUUGCAUGCUGAUCCAUUCCGUAGUUAUUGUGUGGCUCUUGUGGUGGCUUCUCAGCAUGCAGUGGAAGAUUGGGCUUCAAAGCAAGGAAUUGCUUUUACUGAUUUUGCAGACUUGUGUGAGAAAGAAGAAACUGUCAGAGAAGUACAUUCGUCUCUUGUUCAGAUUGCCAAGAAGUCACGUUUGGAGAAGUUUGAGAUUCCAGCAAAAAUCAAAUUGCUUUCUACACCAUGGACUCCAGAAUCUGGCCUUGUCACUGCAGCUCUCAAGAUCAAGAGAGAAGCCAUUAGAAAAGCUUUGUCCGAAGACCUGGGUAAGUUAUAUACAUGAUAGUUUUAAGAAGACUAAUUGCUUUCAAUAAUGACCGUGCAUAUCUUGAAGAAUGGAAGACUAGUGUAAGAUGAUGAUACGAUCAAUCCUAGAUUUAUACACUCCUUUUGUACUCGUAUUUUCUUUCUUUUAAUUCUAUCAUUGCAAAUCAUGUUUUAUUCUAAAGAAAGUAAAGAAAAACGCUGGUUUUUCUGGUCAUCUAAAUUAUGAAGUUCUAGUUGAUGAUAACUGAAAUUGUAACCAUACCACGUAAUAAUGAAGA